CGGGGAGGGUUGUGGCCGUGGCACCCUUGGGUGCUGAGGCCGCCGCGGUGCCGCAGGGUGGCCGACGAGACGCCCCCCCCGAGCAAGCAGGUGAAGCCGCUGUUCCGCCACUUCCGCCGCAUCGACUCGUGCCUGCAGACCCGGGUGGCUUUCCGGGGCUCCGACGAGAUCUUCUGCCGCGUCUACAUGCCCGACCACUCGUACGUCACCAUCCGCAGCCGCCUCUCGGCCUCGGUGCAGGACAUCCUGGCCUCGGUGACGGAGAAGCUGCAGUACUCGGAGGAGCAGAGCGCCCGCGAGGACGCCCUCAUCCUCGUCACCGUGGCCUCGUCCGGAGAGAAAGCGGUGCUGCAGCCCAGCGAGGAGUGCGUCUUCACCACGCUGGGCAUCAACAGCCACCUCUUCGCCUGCACCAGGGACGCCUUCGACUCGCUGGUGCCGCUGCCCGAGGAGAUCCCGGUGGUCCCCGGGGACACGGAGAUCCACCGCGUGGAGCCCGAGGACGUGGCCAACCACCUCACCGCCUUCCACUGGGAGCUCUUCCGCUGCAUCCACGAGCUGGAAUUCGUGGAUUACGUCUUCCACGGGGAGCGCGGGCGGCGGGAGACGGCCAACCUGGAGCUGCUGCUGCAGCGCUGCAGCGAGGUGCAGCACUGGGUGGGCACCGAGCUGCUGCUCUGCGAGUCGCUGGGCAAGCGCGCCCACCUCCUCAAAAAGCUCAUCAAGAUCGCGGCCAUGUGA